AUGAAAAAGCCAGCAACGAUCUCGGGGCAAACGUCAUCCUCUUUCAACAGAUGGGCCGCUAGAAGCAAAGCGACUCUUCAAAGCCUCAAUAUUACUCACGUCCUCAAUGCAGCAGAUGGGCCGUACAGUAUCAACACGGGCGCCAGAUACUACCGAGAUCUGCAAGUAGCGUACCAUGGCGUGGAAGCGUUCGACGACCCUUCCUUUGAUUUAAGUGUCUUUUUCUAUGAUGCGGCUAAUUUCAUACACAACGCCUUACGCUCACCGGGAGGUAAAGUGUUUGUUCAUUGUGCCAUGGGGAUAAGCCGCUCCGCAUCUUUAGUGCUCGCUUUUUUAAUGAUCCAUGAAAACAUGACCCUUGUGGAAGCUCUAAAAAUAGUGAAUUCUCACCGAGAGGUCUGCCCAAAUACCGGCUUCCUGAGCCAGCUCCGAGACCUGGAUAUCAAAUUGAAUGGAGAGAGGAAAGGAGCUAGAAAAUCCACCACCCAAGAACUGUAAUACGGAACUGCACAGAGGGAGGAUGCAACAUAGUCAGUAUUUCCUGGAUCUUUUAAACGAAGUGUGUUUUGCAAGCCGCGGGCAUAAACUGAAAAUGUGCCGUAACACACAUUCGAUAUGUAAAUGCUUAUUUGACUUUAUUAUCUUUACGCUGUGCAAAGCCUGUCUAAAUUUUACCAGCAGCAGACUUUGCUAUGGUAUUCUUCACUCCCUGCCUCCACUGUCAUGAGAAAUCACUGUAAACUGUUAAACAGCUGCCCAGCUCCACUCCAGAGGUGGCUGCAUUUCAGUGAUGUGCAGCUUUUAUGUUCGCCUUUGAAGUGUUUGGAUUCUUUGCGGAGGGGGUUAAAAGUUCUUUGUUAUUAUAUUAUUUGUACUGCAAUAGUGCCUUCAUGCCCCAA